GGGAAGUUCUAGCAGCUGUGGGUGUCUGUGGUGUGUACUGGCAGGAGCCUCCGCCAUGGCCUGGGGUUGCUUUGUGGCCGUGCUUCUGCUGGUGGCAACUCCCCUGAGGUUGGGUCAGCAUCUACACUCCAAGCCUGGCCUUGAAUACAGCUAUGACUGUGGGGUGCAGGGUAUGCAGCUGCUGGUGAUCCCCAGGUCAAACCAGACUAUCCGAUUCAAGGUGCUGGAUGAAUUUGGGAACCGGUUUGAGGUGAAUAACUGCUCUAUCUGCUACCACUGGGUCAUCUCUGAGCCCCAUGACCCUGCAGUAUUCUCAGCUGACUACAGAGGCUGCCAUGUGCUGCAGAAGGAUGGACGGUUCCACCUGAGAGUGUUCGUGCAAGCUGUACUACCCAAUGGCUACGUGGAUACAGCACAAGAUGUCACUCUGAUCUGUCCUAAAGCAGACCACACUGUGACUCCGGACCCCUACCUGGCUCCACCCACUACACCUCAACCUUUUACACCUCAUACUUUUGUCCCACAUACCAAUUCUGGCCACACGCUGGCUGGGUCUGGCCACACGCUGGCUGGGUCUGGCCACACGCCUCUUCUCAGCACAUUGUACCCAGAGCACAGCUUCAUCCAUUCAACUCCUGCUCCACCAUCCCCGGGACCUGGACCUGCUGGGCCCACUGUGCCUCAUCCCCAGUGGGGCACUUUGGAACCAUUGGAAUUGACUAAGCUGGAUUCUGUAGGGACCCAUCUGACCCAGGAGCAGUGUCAGGUAGCCUCUGGGCACAUUCCCUGCAUGAUAAAAAGUAGUUCCAAGGAAGCCUGUCAGCAGGCUGGCUGCUGCUACGACAACACCAGAGAAGUACCCUGUUACUAUGGCAACACAGCCACUCUCCAGUGUUCCAGAAGUGGUUACUUCACCCUGGCCAUAUCCCAAGAAACAGCCUUGACACACAGGGUCAUGCUGAACAAUAUCCACCUGGCCUAUGCCCCCAGCAGAUGCCCCCCUACCCAGAAGACAAGCGCUUUUGUGGUCUUCCAUGUUCCUCUAACCCUCUGUGGAACGACAAUCCAGGUGGUUGGUGAGCAGCUCAUCUAUGAGAACCAGCUGGUGUCUAACAUUGACGUCCAAAAGGGGCCAAAGGGUUCCAUCACUCGGGACAGUGUCUUCCGGCUUCAUGUUCGCUGUAUCUUCAACGCUAGUGACUUCCUGCCUGUUCAGGCAUCUAUCUUCUCACCCCAACCACCUGCCCCUGUGACCCAGUCUGGACCCCUGCGGCUGGAGCUGAGGAUUGCCAAGGACAAGACUUUCAGCUCCUACUAUCGGGAGCGUGACUAUCCCCUUGCGAGACUGCUCCAAGAACCAGUCCAUGUGGAGAUCCGUCUCCUGCAGAGAACCGACCCCGGCAUGGUCCUGAUGCUACACCAGUGCUGGGCCACUCCCACGGCCAACCCCUUCCAACAGCCCCAGUGGCCCAUUCUGUCAGAUGGGUGUCCCUUCGAGGGUGACAACUACAGAACACAAAUGGUGGCCUUGGACAGGGCGGAGCUGCUCUUCUGGUCUCACUACCGGCGCUUCACCGUCACUACCUUCACUCUCCUUGACUCCAGCGCCGGAAGCACCCUUAGGGGACUGGUCUACUUCUUCUGUAGUGCCUCUGUCUGCUACCCUGAGGGAUCAGAAACAUGCUCUACUGUAUGUGACUCUGGGAUGGCAAGGCACCGACGGUCCACUGGUCACCACAAUAGCACUGUCCAUGCCUUGGACAUUGUGAGUUCUCCAGGAGCAGUGGGCUUUGAGGAUGCUGCUAAACUCAAGCCCUCAGGCUCCAGCAGGAACUCUAUUUCAAGACCCCUGCUCUGGGUGCUGCUCCUCCUGCUGGUCACCACCCUGGUCCUGAUGUCUUUGUGAGUCUGAAUUGGGCCUGGGCCCAGAAACUCUGAGAAGGCACCAGAUGUUAAGUGGGUUCAAUAAACCAUUGUUUGAAAACCACUGAA